UAGUCCUUGACGCAAGUCAUUCUUCCCGCAGAGGAUGAUAAACUCCUAAGCCAUCUCCUUCUGCCAAAGCGAAAGCUGAGUACAGGCUCUUGGAGCGAAGCCUUUCCCCGUCGCAGGCCGUCGGCGGUCGUCUCAGUCAAUUAGGGUUCCGAUUCACCGGUAGAGACAAAGGAUGGUGAAGAUGAGAUUCGUAUUGUUGCGCUCAUUUCUUUUAACGGUCAAUCUGCUCCAGUACGGAAUAUCGGCCGAUCAGAUUUUCAGUUCUUCCGCAGGUGGGACCUUAACUCGCAGCUCACGGGAACCAAAAUACAAAAUUGUAUUUCAUCCAGAAGACUCACCAUUUCAUCCAGAUGAUGACCAGGAGUCUGUGGUUAUGCCCAACCAAAAUGGGGAGAAGUUUCAGUGUUACUUGCCUAAAUUUGAGGAAUCAAAGUAUGGCAAGUCAAUUCCUCAACAGAAUAUGAGUAGCUUGAUUAUGGAAACUGAGAAACAGGUUAAAUUGAAGACACCAGAUGAGCUGCUUGAAGUACUAAAAGAUCGAUGCUUUAUCAGGCAAGAGGGUUGGUGGACAUAUGAGUUCUGUUAUCAGCAGAAGUUGCGGCAGGUUCAUCUGGAGGAAGAAAAGGUUGUUCAAGAGUUUGUCUUGGGUGAGUUUGAUGCUGAGGCUACUGCUGCUUACAACCAAAAUCUAUCUGAUAUUUCAAUACUGAAAGAUCCUCGCUCAAAAGAUGCAUCACAAAGAUAUCAUUCUCAUCAAUAUACCAACGGAACCAUCUGUGAUCUAACAGAUCAACCUCGAGAAACUGAGGUGAGAUUUGUCUGCUCAGAACCCCGAGCAAUGAUUACUUCUAUUACAGAGUUAUCCACAUGCAAGUAUGCACUAACAAUUCAGUGCCCAAUGCUCUGCAAGCAUCCAAUGUUUCAAGAAGAGAGACCGGUGUGGCAUACUAUCAACUGUAAUGCACUCCCAAAAGAUCAUAAAGAAUCGAAAGUGGAGGACGGCAGCAUCCAAGAUGAAAAAAUUACCAUGGUCACAGACGUUGAAGAUCCAUCUAGCUUUGAUUCACAAGAAUACGCAACAUAGCAACUGAGAUGCGCAAUCACUCAAGGACAACUGCUGCAAAAGGAGAGCUUCCCUGGAUACCAAUCAAGCAUGACAAUUGGUUUCCUUUAUUCACAGUUACUCUUCAUGCGUUGAUGCCAUAUAUUUUGCUAAUUUAGUUAGAAUCAGGCUUUUGUUAUCAUCAGAUACCCUGCCCUUCUCCAUGUGGACAAGUUUGUAUCUAAGAAAAGGAUCCAUCUUGUGCCAAUGCAUAUACCCUGUCUAGUUAUCUACUUAUUUUUUCUGAA